CACCAACGCAACCACCCACCCACCCACCCACCCACCAAUGCCAGAUCCAUCUGGGUCCUCGCCCCCCCUUUCGACUCCCAUGGCUUCUGGGUGUGCUUCGAACUGAACUGGGGUGGGACGAGAGAGAGGGAGGGUGUGAUAGGGGCGAUGGGUUCGGCCGCCGGGGAGAUCGGGAGCGCGGUGGGCCACGCGAGGGAGUUCGCGAGAGGGGCGGCGGAGAUGUGCGUGGAGCUGGCCCGGGGAUGCCGGGACAUCGUGCGGCAGACCCUCGGCAACGACGACGACUCCUUCCUCGCCAGGUACUUGGGGAGGGGCUCGUACGUGGCGGGCAGGCUCCGGGGCCCGUGCGCGAGGGCGCUCGCGAGGCUGGGCCGCCUGAACGAGUACCUGCCCGAGGACAAGGACCCGGCGCACGUCUGGUCGGUCGUGCUGUUCGUCGCCGUCGUCGCCGUCGCAGCUCUGAGUGUAUAUAUUGAACCUAAAGCUUCUGUGCCUCUGGCGAAGAAAGUAUUGAUACAUCCUCCAAGUGCUAGCCGCAUAUUGCUUCCAGAUGGCAGAUACAUGGCCUAUAAAGAGCAUGGUAUUCCACCUGACAAAGCUAGGUUUUCAAUAGUAUUUCCACACCCGUUUCUCUCCUCUCGACUCACAGGUAUACCGGGACUUAAGUCUUCAUUACUGGAGGAGUUUGGCAUUCGAUUAAUAACGUAUGAUCUGCCUGGUUCUGGUGAGAGUGAUCCUCAUCCCCAUAGAAACCUUGAAUCAUCAGCAAGGGAUAUUUCUCUUUUAGCAAACGCCUUAGGAGUCAAUGACAAGUUCUGGGUGUUGGGAUAUUCCAGUGCAAGCAUGCAUGCGUGGGCUUCACUGAGGUACAUUCCCGACAGAAUUGCAGGAGCUGCCAUGUUUGCCCCCAUGGUCAAUCCGUAUGACCCUCUAAUGACCAGGGAGGAGAGAUAUAGAACCUGGAACCAGUGGACACGUAGAAGAAAAUUCCUUUUCUUUUUAGCAAGAAGAUUACCUAGAUUUCUUUCUUAUUUUUAUCAUCGGAGCUUUUUGUCCGGAAGGCAUGGUCAGAUUGAUAAGUGGCUGUCAUUAUCACUUGGAAAUAGGGACAGAGCAUUGAUAGAAGAUCCAUUAUAUGAGGAGUUCUGGCAAAGGGAUGUCGAAGAAUCAAUUAGGCAGGGGCAUGCAAAACCUUUUGUGGAAGAAGCUGCAUUACAGGUGUCAAACUGGGGUUUUAGCUUGGCAGAUCUCAAGUUACAGAAGAAAUGUCGAGGUAAAGGUGUUUUGAAUUGGCUUAAAUGGCUGAUUUCUCUACUCAGCAAAAAAGAGGAGGAAUACACAGGCUACCUUGGGCCAAUACAUAUAUGGCAGGGAAUGGAUGAUAAAGUGGUUCCACCAGCAAUGACUGAUUUUGUGCACCGCGUCCUGCCAGGUGCUGCAGUUCAUAAGCUCCCAUAUCAGGGUCAUUUUACCUAUUUAUACUUUUGUGAUGAAUGCCACAGACAGAUAUUCACUACACUUUUUGGAACCCCACAAGGCCCGCUUUCUAAUAAUACUGAAGCUGAUCUAAAUCAGGCGGAUGACAAGAUGGUACAGCAGGAAGACAUUAUUCAUGUUGACGUCACCACCGAGUGAUUGACGAUCAUCUUACUAUACAAGGGAGAAUUACCAUGUACAUAUAUGGUAUACGGGGUUUUCUUGGAAAGGUGAAAUUGCGGAUUUCAUGUCCUUUGACUCGUCUUAGGCUGUCAUAGGAAAGCGCUGUUGCUAAGUUCAGAUAGAGAUGUUGAUAGAUCAAAAUUAAUUCUCUUGUUCUUGUUCUUGUUCUUGAAGUUGGCCGAGGAGUUCAAGUUCCUCCGAUUUGAACUGCUGAUGUAGUAUUUACUUUCGUGCAAAAUCUGAUGUACUAUUUAUUCAUAUUAUCUUCACUUCCUCGAUUUCUCUGGACCA